AGCGAAAUAAUGUCUCACGUUAACUAUAUUGUCCUGUUAUUGGUAAUGAUUGUUCAUGUCAACUGUCAGAUAUUACCAUCCAAUAUUGGAACUAUUAAAGCAGAUCUAGAGAAAGGUGGUCGAGCUGUGUGCAAGUAUUGUUAUGGAUGUAUGUUUACAGGUUUAUGUGGAGCAUCAUGUUCUGGAAAUACCAUGUGUGAAUUAUGUUCGUUUAAAACCCAUUGUGAUACAACGUGUGUUGGUCUGUGCCAGCAACCAGAUCCAUGUGCUACAUCACCAUGUCCAGAUAACAAAAUAUGCCAAGAGUUGACCAAUGGAGGCAGAGCUUAUCGUUGUGUAUGUCAAGAAGGCAAAGUUUGUGAAAAGACUACUAAUUCAUGGGAAACGCAAUCAAUAUUUGCCAAGUGGAAUCCAACAAAACGCGUCACCCAGGAGAUAACCAAUCGUCCUACAACAGAAAAGAUCAUAACCACCCCUUCACCCACAACAUCAAGAACACAAGAGUAUCCAACUAGACAACCAUCUGAUAAAAACCUAUUAACAUCCCGUAAUCCAUUUCUAGCUGGAACCCUAACGUCACCAAGUCUCACGUCCCCAGUAGAUAACAGUCAACAUAAUCACGGUACAGCCAAACCUUCCUAUUCUACCACUGGUUUACCUGGCUAUUGGUUUUACUGAAGAUAGUAGAAAGAGGGAAAUGAUGUUGCCUGUAUGGAUAACAAUCAAAAUACUUACAAAAAUAAUAGUCGUCUUCAUUUGCUCUAUCUUGUACAGUUUACAUGUAUAAUUACUAUAAUAUGCCUAUGUUAUUUUCAACACUUUCUUAAAAUGAUUUUAAACUGAAAUUGAAAUCUAUAAGGAGCACUUCAAACGUAGCAAAACGUAUGCAAAACAAGGCAAUAUCAAAAUUAAAAUCUAUCACAAUCUUCUACUACACAAUGACUGACUUAACUAUGGUCAUUUCGCAACAAAGCGCAGAUUACAAUCUUCAUGUGCGAAAUAUUACUGAAAUUGGGCACAAAAAUGAAAUUUAUUUAAUGGCCUCUCUUCGUCCACUUUUUUUUCCAAAGACAUAUCCUGACAGUUUUUGUUAUUAGGGGCUCCGGUCGGUAUUGUGACAAUGUGUUGCUCGUGUUCUACUUUUUAAUAGAAAUAUUUUCGACGAAGUCUACGACCAUUCAAGUUUCAAGUAUAAUCUGUCCAUUUUUUAGUUGUGAGCAUUUUGCUUAUAGAGACUGUAACAGAUAAAAUACUUUGAAUCGCCGAGUGGCGACCCGAGCCCAAGUUUUACAAUUAAUUAAGAUUUUACUUCAUGUUAGAGGAGUCAUGUGUUUCUUUUAAGAAUGAAUAUUUAGUAAUUAUCAGAUUCAAAAUACUCUUUAGUGUCAAUGGAGUAGUGAUUAAGCGAUGUAUAUUAAUAUAUUGUAAAUGUAUUCCCAGUUUAAAGCUACAUUACAUUUAGUUCGAGAGUGUUCUUUUUUUUUAUCUUUUAUGAUGAAAUAAAGACAGAAAACU